AGGGGAGAGAGGAGCGGCAAAGGGAAACCCUAGCCGCCUCCACCUCUUCCUUCCUUCUUUUCUUCUCUUCUUUUGACUUCAAUCAUGGAAAAAGUUUUGUUUAAUCAGUACUUUCAGUUCUAUCUAUACGUUUAUUUUCUAGCGUUGUCUAGAGAUAUUAUUUUCGGUGGCGAAGUGUCGCUCGCCAGAUCUAUAUUCCCUGUCAUCACCAGUCGGGUGUUUUUGUGUGCUAGUAAGAGGUUUGUAUUGGCUUCUUUAUCAAUCAUGAAUCAGGAUUUCUUCUGCAUCGAUAUAGAGGCCAAUCGCCCCCCUCCUGAACCACCGCCGAUCCAGGAAGAUGACAUUGGAUGGAUUGCAUUCUUUCCGGUGGCUGGUCAAAUCGGAACAAUUUCUGCACUUGACUCCUUACCGGUGACUGGAA